AUGGCAGUCGUUAUAUCACAACCCAGACGAGUUAACACCACUGGUCCAGUGUUGGCUGCCGUUUGUUGUUUAGGACUUUUACUGUUCCUCAUUGCAGCUACAAUUGUACUUUCACUUAUUCCCGUCUAUCUUUCACGUCGUAACGGAAAUCGAGCUCAACCUUAUGUGGGUCCUGUUAGGCAAGUGCAAUACAAACUUCCUGGUACUAAUUAUCCUAAUGGACCUCUGACACAAGCACAACUCGCUUAUAUAAUUGCACAGUAUCAAACAAGUAUCAAUAACCAUGGAUCAACAGGUAAAUCAACUAUCAGCUCACCAGGUGCUUCAGUGAGCACUACAACAAGCAAGAUUACAUAUCCCAUAGGAACUCCAGUUCAUCAACGAUCUAUAAUCCUUACUAUAAUUGAUGCCAUCGUUACCGUACCUCUUAGUGAUUACACUGUUCUGACAACUUCAACAUCAACAACAACAGCAAUAACAGCAACAACAACACCAACAAGUAGUGCAGCCGUCGUAGGCUAUGCUCCUACCAGCACGGGCUGUUCAGGCAGUCCAGUUAUCGUUCCUGCAACUGCUCUAUAUCCUGAUGAAGCAACUUGGCUUCAAAGCCGCGCGCCUAUUGCCGAAACAUCGUUAAGAGCUUGGCUCACUAAAAUCGGGUUGAGUGCGAGUGAUUACAAUGCAAGUACAGUAGUUCCUCGUGUUGGUUUGACGACAUCUGGUGGUGGUUAUCGUGCACUGCUCAUUGGUGCUGGCGUCAUUCAAGCUAUGGAUGGACGUGAAACAUUAGGAUCACCACUUGCUGGUCUUCUUCAAGGGAUUACAUAUCAAACGGGUACAUCAGGUGGUGCAUGGUUGCUUACUUCAUUUGCUGCAAACAAUUAUCCAACUAUUUCUUCAUUACGAGAUUCAUUAUGGAUUCAAAGAUUUAAAUACUUUCUUAUUCUUCCAAAUCCUGACAAACUUGAUUACCAAGCAGUUGCCAUUGCUCAAAUUCUUGCCAAGAAAAAUGCUGGCUUUAAAGUAACAGUAGCAGAUGUAUGGAGUCGAGAUUUGGCUUUUCAACUUCUUCAAGCACCAAAUGGAGGAGCUAAUGUAACUUUUGAUUCAAUUACAUCAACAGACGCAUUUAAAGCGUUCAGUUUACCUUUUCCAAUGGUUACAGCAAUUCUGUAUAGAACUGGAACGUGUGUGCCUCCACUCAAUUCAUCUAUAAUUGAGUUCACUCCUUAUGCUAUGGGUAGCUGGGAUACCGGUAUAAAAGCAUUUACACCUAUCAAAUAUGUGGGUACUAGUUAUAUGAAUGGUCAAUUACCAUCGAAUGGACAAUGCGUAUUAGGUUAUGACAAUGCUGGUUUUGUUUUGGGAACAUCUUCGUUUCUUUUCAAUGAAGUUGAAUGUCGUAUAUUACCUAAUGGAACAUUAGCGUUCGAUAAUGAUUCAGGCAACCAAACAAAUGGUAUAAUUACUGCAAUUAAUGCUGUCCUCCAAGGUAUACUUAAUAAACAAGAAGGACUUACAACUGACGAUGUUCUUUCUGCGAACUAUCCAAAUCCAUUUCAAGGAAGUGCACAAACACCUGGUGUCAGUUCACUCCAAAACUUAAAUAUGGUUGAUGGAGGUGAAACAAGUCAAAAUGUACCUUUUUGGCCAUUAAUUCAAACUGUUCGAGGUGUCGACGUCAUUAUUGCUAAUGAUAAUUCAGCCGAUACAUCAGGAAAUUUUCCAAAUGGAACUCAAAUAUUCACAACUUAUCAACAGGCACAACUCGUCAAUAUUCCAUUUCCAGUUAUCCCAAAUGCAGAUACAUUUGUUAGUCAAGGACUUAACGUUAAUCCUACAUUCUUCGGAUGCAAUCAAACAGGUGUUCCUCUCGUUAUCUAUCUUCCCAAUACAAACAUUACUUUUCAAAGUGGUCUUGCAACAUUCACACCCACAUAUUCGGAAGAUACCACACGUGGCAUGAUUCUCAAUGGUUUCAAUGUAGCAACACGAAGUAAUAAUACUGCAUGGUCACGAUGUCUUGCAUGUGCAAUUGCUCGACGUAAAGGAGGUUUAUAUACUGCAACUACUAGUGCUGAAUGUGCAGAAAAAAAGAAAUUACAAUUCUAUCGUGUAUCAAAACCAAAUUUACUUGAUGGUUGCCGUUAUAUUUAUAUCGAUAUGGGAACAAAUAUUGGUGUACAAAUUCGAAAACUUUAUGAACCACAUUUAUAUAAAAAUGCACCUGUACUUCAUCUUUUUAAAGAAUUAUUUGCAAAUUCUUCAACUGAAGUAUGUUCUAUUGGUUUUGAAGCAAAUCCAUUACAUGAUAAUUAUUUGAAAGAAUUUGAAAGUUAUUGUUUAAAACGUGGAUGGCGUGUAAAAAUUUUUACAUCAACAGCAGUUAGUAUUACAAAUGGACAGGUUACUUUUUAUACAGAACCUGGAAAUGAAGUUAAUAAUCAAUGGGGUGCAAGUUUAGAAGCUGGUCGAAAGAAAACUAAGAUAGUCGUACCAAGUAUUGAUAUUAUUUCUUGGAUUAGAGAUACGGUCUUAGAUCGAAAAUUACCUUCAGGAAAUUUGACAUCAAAGAUAAUGAUGAAAAGUGAUAUUGAAGGACAUGAUUCAACUGUUCUUGCUAAUUUAAUAUUGAGCGGUGUAUAUUGUUCGAUUGAUCUUAUCUAUGGUGAACAUUUAACCAAUGAAUUCGUUAAUGGAGUUGCAUUAUUUCAAAAAUAUUCACAAUCAUGUAAAACGAAGCUAAUUCGAAUGGAUGAUGAAUCUUUCUAUCAAACUAGAUUACCAUUCACUUAUCCUCAGUCGACAACGUGA